CAUCGGUGCAACGAUCGCGAAAAAUCAGAAAUUGAGCGACCAGUCUCAAAUGAAAAUUCCUCCGCAUCGGUAAUUCGGAAAAAUCCGCGCAUACGCCAUACUGAACACGCGCAUUAUAUUCAUUAUAUUGCUCUAGAGUACCUCGCCCGCCGUAUUUAGUUAAAAAUAGAAAGUCGACAAAUUUUUUACCUAAUGAAAAAAUCGUAAAAAAUUGCAUUAUUUGACCAAGAAAUUUACAAUUCUGUUGUAUAUUAAAGUUACACAUAAAAAUACUAAGAGAUUGUGAAAACUUUUGAAGUAUGCAAAGAUAUAACAAAAAAAAAACAAAAGUAUUUAUAAUCUUUAUAUAAGUGGCUCGUAGCGAGAAAAUUGGUGAAAUAAUUGCCAGAUCUUAAUGUGAAUGCAGAGCAAAGAUUUAUAAUCGUCUUUUUUGUUGCAAGCAAUAAGGUGCAAAUCGUAAACAUUGGCGCGUGUUUUAUACAAAAUGAAAUAAAACAGAAUCGGUGUAUUUGUGCUGAACACUAACAUACGCCCGCACAUAUGUACGAGCUUCUAAAAACAUACAUACAUACAUACAUAUGUACAUAUAAGCAAAAGUGCUAUCUAUAAACAAGUGAAAAUUUUAGUGCAAACAAAUUAAUUAACGAAAAGUAUUCCCAAUGUGACUGAAAAGUGAAUAAUCAGAGUGGCUAAUGAAGUGUUUGUUUGUAUGUAUUGAUCGAUUCCAACAAUUUCAUUACGAGUGUACAUAAGUUUGAAAAUUGCACUAUUGUUAGCUAUUGUGUUCAUGAACGUUGAUGAAACGUCCAAGUUGACAUAUCUACAUACAUACAUUCAGUUGUAAGCGACGCUAAAAUGUCGAAAAAGCCACGAGGGAAUAUACACAAAAUUCGAGAAUUCGAGUUGGAAAAGAUCCAUUUGGUCGAUGAAUUCGACAUUUUACAAAUUGUGGGUGAAGGAUGGUUUGGAAAAAUCUUGCUGGUCGAACAUCGCGGCUCCCAAACCGAAAUGGUGUUGAAGGCCGUGCCAAAGCCAUACGUCUCAAUUCGUGACUUCUUUAGAGAAUUCCAUUAUGGACUGCAUCUGGGCAUACACCGGAAUAUAGUGACCACAUAUGAUGUGGCCUUCGAGACAGCGGGUUUCUAUAUAUUCACUCAAGAGUAUGCGCCACUAGGUGAUCUCACAUCUAACAUGACCGAUACAGGAGUUGGUGAAGAAUACUCUAAGCGUUUGGCCAAACAGAUCGGUGCGGCCCUGGAUUACAUGCAUUCAAAAGACAUUGUACAUCGAGAUGUGAAACUGGAUAAUGUGCUAAUAUAUCGAUCGGAUUUUACACGUGUCAAAAUAUGCGACUUCGGCGAAUCCUAUCAGGCAGGCACCAUUGUUGAGCGCCGCAACGAAUGGCUCCCCUAUAGUCCACCAGAAGUAUUAGAAAUCAAACCGGAAGGCACAUACACAGCCGAACCCAGCCAUGAUGUUUGGCAAUUUGGCAUUGUCAUCUUUGUCUGUCUGACUGGCUGUUUGCCUUGGCAAAAGGCCGCCUCCGAUGAUCCGCGUUAUGUACGUUACCUAGCGUGGUUUGGCGCAAACAUUCUGCCCAUGCGUCGGACACCGAAACUCUUUAAGUUACUCACUUCGCGCGCUCAGCGCAUGUUUAAACGGUUUUUGGAUCCACGCGCGGAGAGACGACCGAAAAAUUUAACUGAUUUAGCAAAGUUCCUUGACGAUCGUUGGUUAUCAAAAACAGCCGAAAAAGAAAUGGCCGAAUAUGAAACCGAUGAGCUAUGUCCGUCCAUGUAUUCCUUUCAUAGCAGCCCCGAUGAAAAGAACCGACUACUCUACACACUGGCUAAUUGUGGCCUAGAGACAAAUGUCGAUCGGCAAUCAAAGAAAAAUCGCAUCAAAGAUUGGAUCGAGGCAUCCGUUAUCACAGAGGAGGAUGAGGAGGAGCUGGACGAUGCCUCGCCCUCAUCUUCAGUGUCUCGUGAGCCAGUUGCUGGACACAUCUCUUCCAUUCGUGCCACCCUGGAGAAAAACAACGGAUUCAACACCACUCUGAAGGAUGCUGCUCAAAAACAUUUUGACCCCCGCACUGGCGCUUUGCAGGAGGGUCCCAGCGAAAUGGGCGCCAUCACGCAGACACACCAAAAAUCAUACAGUCCUUCAAUUGGCAACAUGUCUACAAUGAAUAACGGUGAUAGCCUUGCCGGCAGCCUGUUGACGUUGGGCUCCCGCCCGGAUCUACUACAAAGUCAUUUAGAAAUCUAUAAUUCUGAUUUCAAUUUGAGCCGUUUAGGUGAGCAAACAAAAUCAGCUCAAUUCUACGGGCAUAACCAAUCGCUUAGCAGCAACAAUUUACUAAUGGCCGACUAUGAAACGGCUUAUAAUUACUCAAAGAAUAAAAGCAGCGGUGCCGUUGCUACGAAAUCUGUUGGCUUAGACACGUAUGGACUGCCAAAUGAACAUAGGAAAAGCGCUUUAAAGCGAACUAAAUCUGAUUCUGUAAAAACCGUUAUGUUCGCUAGUAUGCCUGCUAUCAAUAAUAGUGACGCUUAUGCUGCUGGAUUUAAAUUGCCGCAAACGCAGCCACUAAACAAUGCUACUAAUCAAACGCUAACCAGUGCUAAUGCACCAAAUGCCACAUCUUUUUCUUCAAAUGCAAAUAUUACUAACGAUAGCAAUAUGCUCAUAGGCAGCGGCGAUGCAACGAAGCCCAAUUCAUCUGUGACGUUGUCGGGACUAGCUAAUGCCUUCCAUUCACUUGCCUCGAUCUCACUACCGACUAAGGCAGGCACUCCGGAAAAGCACCAGCAGCAACAGCAACAGCAACAGCAACAAGAACUGCAAAAGCAAGCCCAGCAGCAACUUAAGCAGCAACAGUUCGCAACACAUUAUUUAAAACAACAAGAGAAUGGUUCCUCAGUCAGAGAUAGCGCCUACGGAUCUGCAGAGGUCAGCGAGGGUCCAUCGCGCACAGUAAGCUAUGCCUCGAUGAAACCACAAUUCAAUGGUAAUGCUGAUUAUCAGAAUGGCGGUCAACCAAAUGGUAACCGUAGCCGCGCUUUGAGUCCAGAUGGGCGUCAACGACGGCCAGAGGAACAGCAGAUUUAUAGAGGUGCGCGAACGGGUAGCUUAAAAGAUUCACCCUAUGAUAGGAUCACUGUGACAAAUAAUAAGAACAAUCGAAGAUAAAUUGAGUAGUGCCACCAAAGAUAUCCAUUCAAAUAAAAGUGAUACCACUGAUAUGUCUAGUCUUAAAAGUUCGCUUUUCGUCUUUACAU